AUGACUGGAAUUUCAGACAAGGCACUUGGUGAAGAGUGUGAUGUUCCUAUAGAGUGUUCAGGCAGUGCAGCUGUCUGCACAGGAUCCAAUAAAGUAUGUACAUGUGGUUCGAAACAUUAUGAUGACAAUGGAUUUAGAGCUGGUGGAAACUGCCAAGAGAUAUCGCAGCUUCAAGUAUCCAGAAUUACCUUUUCUCAAGUGCAUACAACCUCAAUGAUUGUGUCAUGGACCCGUCCAAGUGGAAAGGCCAGUUUUAUAAGUUACUACACUGUUCAGUGGGCAUCCAAUGAUAGUUUCACAGCUGAAGGUUUUAAGGAUAAUAUUAUGUCAACAACAACAACAAAAAUUACUGGUCUUACUCCAGGACAGAACUACCGAAUAACUGUGACAUCUGUGAACAAAGCCACACAAGCUGACUCUCCUAGAAGUACAUUUGUCUCCAAACAAAGAUCAUCAAAACCAAUGCCUCCAAGCAGUCUGGAUUUGAAUGGGAGCAACUUAGACGCAAGAGAUAAGGAGAUAUCACUUGCUUGGACAAGGCCUUCAAGUGGUGUGGUGUAUAGAUAUGAUAUAAAGGUGCUUGAUGGGACAGAACUAAAACAGUCAACUUUCGCUUUUGAAACAGCCAGUGCUACAUUGAGGUUUAACGACAUGAGGAAUGGUUAUACAUACAAUGUCAAAAUAAUAUCCAGGAGUGAAACCUAUGAUGGAUCAAAUACGGAACCCAGUGAACCAUUUGAGUCAACAUUUAAAACUGAUGUUCAAGUGCCAGAUCCACCAACUGAUGUUUCCUGCCAAAGUAUAUAUGAUGAGUUUAUUACUCUUUCAUGGACUGCACCUCAGAAACCCAAUGGUGAUUUGGUUCAAUAUGUUGUCCACACUUUGUCAUAUCCAUCAAAUACCGAAAAAUUCCAGAAUAACCCAUUUUCUACUGGGACAACUUAUGAUGUGCAUGGCUUAGAACCAGGUACAGCCUACGUAUUUCGGGUGUACACACAGAAUGAAGGCCACACGUCUACACAGUAUGGGGUAGUGCAAACCUUUUGCACAACAAAGGCAAGAAUGGCUGACAAACCUCAGAACUUGAAUUUUGUAAACAACAUAACCAGUCGAGCACUUUCUGUCACCUGGUCAGAACCAGUCAAUAUCUACAGCUCAGAAAACCUUGGUUACAUAGUUCAACUUCAAGACAAUGAUGCCAAUAUGUGUGAAAAGGAAAUCGUUAUGAGAUGCAGUAAUUGUACAACUGGGGACAUCAAAAAAAUAAAUAUGCCACGUUGUGGCCAAGAUUUGCAAGUGCAAAUUGACCAGCCUCAUGAUGAAAUCCGUGCAAACAAAUUAUACACGAUUCAAAGUCUCCUUCCUGACACAAACUACACAGUUUCUGUAUCUGUGGUGAAUAAUCAGGGUAGAGGCCAUGCAGCAUCAAUUAAUAUAAAGACUCCAGAGGAAGAGCCCCAAGCCCCACCAGUUGUUCGGCCAGUGGAUGAUAUCGGAAAGAAUUCUUUCAAUGUGUCGUGGAGUCUGAUAGGACCAAGACCGGGCCAAGUCACGUACACGGUGAUCCUUACUGCCGACAGGGGAGCUGACUCCAAAACAUAUGAUGUUUCUGGUUAUGGUAACACCAAUCUGUAUGCUGAUGGGCUAGAAGAAUAUUGGAAUUAUGAUGUGAGUGUCACAGCAAGAACUAAUGUAGGUGGUGCUAAAACAUCAGAUACCACAACGAAAUACAGGACACUGCCUUCAGCCCCUGGAGCAGUAACUGAGUUUGGAGCAGUUAAGGUUCAGCUGCGCACUGACAAUUUCCACAAAAUGACGAUCCAAUGGAAAGCUCCCUUGCUGUUGCAGCGGAACAGUGUGAUAAAGGAAUAUGUGUUAAAACACAAUGUUGGAAACAUUACAGCAAGCUCAGAGGAUGGUGAAGAGUUCAAGACAAUGUCCUUCACGUCGGUUACUAGCGAUGUCUUUUACAGUCAAGAGUUUGAUGUGAUACCUGAAUCAACGUACCAGUUUGAGGUGUAUGCUGUGAACACUGAGAGUACAGAUAAUAUGGGGGAGAAGACAGCGAUUAAAGAAACAGCCCCAGCUGGAUUCCCUGUCAGUAUUGAAGAAGCUGACAAAACCUUACAGGUUGUGAAAGAAGGCUCGAUAGACCAAACCUUCAUAAGUCUUAAUCUCGUGAGGGAGUUUUUCACUGAGGAAACAAAUGGAAGAGUACAGAGGACAGCCUUGCUUGGGUGUAAAAGCAGUGCAUGUCCGGAAAACUUUCUCGGCUACGCAGACACUCAAAAGAAGGUGGAUGCUCUGGCAAACUGGCAAAAGGCUGCACAAAAUGGCCUGUAUAGGAUCACCACAGCUGACUGGUUAGCAAAGAACAAGAGAAGGCGUCGAAGCGAGUACACAGAAGUUCCGUACACUGUGGGCAUAGAGAAUUGUAAUGGUGUCACGGAUAGCACAUACUGUAACGGACCCCUCGAACCAGAGACAGAAUAUUUAUUUGUUGCGGUGGUCUGUACCAGCACAGGAUGUACGGUCAGCAAAAAGUAUGGGCCUUACAUCACAGAGGCAGUUCCUCCGCCUAUUGGCAUGAUAGUGGGGAUAGUGGUUGGGGUUGUUGCAGCCCUGGUAGUGGUUGUCAUUGUAGUAUUAUUCCUUCGUCGAAGAAGUAGGAACAAGGCUCCACCGAUGUCAACAAUUCCUGAUAGAAGUCUCGUUGAAGUGGAGAUUGAAGAAAAUAUUCAGAGGAAAAGGCCAAUUCUACUGAGAGAGUUUGACGCGUACCUAACUAUGAUGCACAAAGAUUCCAACCUGAAGUUCUCCGAAGAAUAUGAAGAAUUGAAGACACUGAGCCCGAAACAUUCGACAGUUGCCUCUGACCUGGAGGAGAACAGGGCCAAGAACAGAUACAUGAACAUUAUUCCUUAUGACCAUAGCCGUGUGAAGUUGACCACUAACGGAGAGGAUGACAAAAAUGACUUCAUCAACGGAAACUAUCUACCGGGUUACCACUCCCCCCGUGAGUACAUCGGCUGUCAAGGUCCACUACCCGCCACAAUCGACGAUCACUGGAGAAUGAUCUGGGAACAGAAUGUCACUAUCAUUGUCAUGCUUACACUCUGCAAGGAGGGACAGAAGAUCAAGUGUGAGCAGUACUGGCCCGAUGAGGUUGGGGACCCGAAACAAUACGGAGAGGUUGUCGUGGAGAUGACCUCAUACUCCAAUAUCAAGAUUUACGACGUCAGAGUCUUCAAGAUACGCAACGGCAGCCAGACCCGUACGAUAAAGCACUUCCACUUCCUAACGUGGCAGGACUUCCAGGCAAACGUUAAGCACGAACUCAUCCUGAACUUCAUUCGGGACGUACGCCACCCGAUACAGCCACCUGACAAAGUUGGGCCCAUGAUCGUGCACUGCAGUGCGGGCGUUGGUCGUACAGGGACUUACCUGGCCAUCGACUACUUCAUGCAGUUCAUAGACGAACACAACUUUGACGUGGAGAUAGACAUCUUUGACUUUGUCCUUAAGAUGAGGGCGAACAGGAUCUACAUGGUUCAGACUGAGCAACAGUAUGUGUUUAUCCAUGACUGUGUGAAGGAGAUGUUGGACAACAAGAGACUGGCUGAGAAUAACCUGCACGAGAACAACGGUGGUAAUCAAGACGAAGACUUGUACCAGAACACAUCGCAACAUCUCUAUGAAAAUGUGCAGUACAAUUCCUCCAAUCAGCGAACAGAAAUUUAGCCUCGAGAGAAAGGGGGCGGAGUUAACCAAGGGAUCAAUGACAAUUCAUAUAAUUGAUGUGACGCUGAGCUGUAGGAUUAAUAUUCAUAACAGUUAAACCAAUGAAAACAUUGUGACAAUUACCUGGACAAACAAAAUAACAUGUGGACAAGAAUUCAAUAGAUUAUUUUGUUCCGUUCCUUUUAUUUGCUAUGGCGGAAGUAUUACCUCGAUUUUAGCGUCAUGUCCAUUGUUCUAGAAAACUUGUGUUAUAUAUCCACGGUGAAUUAUUAUAACAGCUUUAUUUUGCUUUAUUUUUGGAUUACUUUUGUUUCUGAAUUGCCGACAACGUUCAAUUUUACUUGCUUGUAAAUACAUAGUUAUGUAUACAAGGAUUUGGGGAGAAAAUGUGUGGCUUCAUUUUGGGGGAUUUUUUAUAAUCUUGAUUUUGAUUAUAAUCAAAGGUUUGAUUCUUUAAGCUAAAUUAGUAGGUCUGUAGCCCGUCUAAAAAUCUUUAUCAAAUUGAGUUUGUUUCACCAUUUUUGGAACGGGGCCGGGGUCAUUUUGAUUGGGAAAAUUAUUUACUAUAACAUUCCUAUUUUGCCUUAUAAAAACAAGAAUGAUUUUAAAAAUAACGAAGAAAAAGAUAAAAGAAUAUGAUAAAGUUUGUUUCUUAAAGAAUACACAAGUUUUUACAUACAUAAUUGUUUUGCAGGUAAAGUAUAUUAUUAGUUUUUAUUUAUUAUUUUUAAAACAUGAAAUUGCCAAUUUAUUUUAUUUUUGGGGGAAAAGUGUUGAUUUUAUGAUCUGGAAUGAAGUGAAUUUCGGCCCCAAAUAGGUCCGGAACAAAACACUGAAUCAGAUUAAUCUAGAGCAGAAAAGUAAGGAAAUCUAAAGAUAACACAAUAACAACUGUACUUCUGGCUUAUAUUUUGACAUCUUAUUACUGAGCAUACAAAUUUUCCCCACAUCUCUGGUAAUCUUGGGCGGGCUGUACAUAUGAGGUUUUUCACUGAGAAACAAGAGACCAUGAUUACGAACAGUUAGAAGUCUGGGUUCAGACUCAAGUGGCAAAACUGCAAAUCCUCAUUUUAUUGAGACUUACCUUCUAGUUUAGUUUAAAUGAUUAAAUUUGAUGAAACUUAUAAUUUCUUUUUAUAAUUGCUCAAUAACUUCCUUUUAUUUUUUUUAAAAGAAAUGAAAAAAGAGGACUUUUUUUAAUAUACUGUAGUAAAAGUGCUUUUCUAAGUCUGAUUCUAGACUCAAACUUGAGACUGUUUGUGCAUCAUGGCUCUAGAGGUUUAUUUCAUUUAUUUCUAUCACAAAUAUAAGUAUUACUACAUGUGUUUUUUUUUUAAUUCCAUUUUUCAUGUAGCAUUUCAUGUAACCGUAAUGCCUGCUUUCAGGAAAUGGAAGAUAAAAGAAUGCUAGAAUGCAUAAUAUCAUAAAGGUAUCAGUCUUUUCUUUCCUUUUAUUCAUUCAGUUUUGCCAAAUAUCCCCUAAUGGGAAUAAAAACAUAAACAUUUGACAUGUGUAUUUCUGUGCAAUGCAGGAAAAAAAAUAGUAAAAUUAUAUAAAUCAAAUUAAAUGUAACAGUUUUCAAAACAUUCAUUUGGGAAACAGACAUCAUUUUUUCUGUGAUAUUUGUAUCAAAGCCGUUAAAUGGCAACGAAUAUAAUAUUAUAUAUAUAUAUAUAUUUCUAUAUGUAUAUGUUAAGUUGUGAUAACCGGUUUAAAUUUUUCUCUAUCUUCCAUGAUAUAUCUAUAACAUCAUAAAUAUAGAUGUAGACAUAUUGUUAUAUCUUAAUCUUGUCCCAUAUUAUGAUUGUUAGUUUUGUAUGAAAUUUAUAGAUGCUGAUAAUCCUUGAGUAGUUUAAUUAUAAUAUAUGAUUUGUUAUUUACAUGUGUUACAAAGAAUAAUUAAAUGAGAAUCGGUAUUUAUUGGGUCGAUUGUUCGGGACUUUGUUAAAGUAAACAAUGUGAUAAAUGAUAUCGUUGUAUGCUUUUAAGCGUUAACUAAAAACAAGUGUCCAUAAAAGUUCAGACUAGCAACGAUUUGAAAGUUAACAACGAUGAUGUUUACAAGGUUGAUAACUUUAACAAGAUUUUGAACAAUCGGUCCAUUGUUUACAAAACAGCUACAAGCAGAAAUAGAUAUUAUCAUAAAAAAUGACGCUGGUAAUAUAUAUGAAAUCAGAGUGUCUUGUGCCUUUGGUGUAAUAUGUAUUUUAGACAAUUGGUAGUUUUUGUUUCUGUGUUUUACUGUAAUCUCACAAAUGCUCAUUAAGAUCUAAUUCUUUUUGACGCUGUUCAAAUUAUAACUCCAAAAACGUCCCAAAAAGAAGAAACCAAUGAUAGCUAACGCAAAGAAGGCAUACAGGUAGAUUUGUUUUCAGUAAAUUAUUUCAAUUCUGUGAGAUGUCUAUGUUUAGACAAUUCUGAGAUGUUUCUAAUAGUGUCUUUUUUUAGGAAAUUCUGGGAAGUUUCUAUAUGUAGACAAUUCUGGGAUGAGUCUGUUUUUAGACAAUUAUUGAAAGUGUCUAUUUUUAAGCCAUUUAUAGGAUAUGUCUACAUAUAGGCAAUGAUGUGUCUAUUUUUGCUUAUCAUAGUUAUUGCUUUACUUAGAUAAUUCAUUAAUUAAGGUAUUUGACAGAUGGUAUAAAGAUUUUUUGUCAAGGUUUUUAGACAUUGUUUAAGACUUCAAUACUGCUUAUACUGUUUAUGCAUUCCUGAAUUAAUGUUCCUUUUUGUGUAUUCCUUACUGCUGGACAUUUUUGUGCAUUCCUAACUGCUGAACAUUUUUGUGCAUUCCUGUUAAACAUUCGUAAUAGUAUCUUUGUUUUUAUUUAAACUGAUGUUAUAUAUUCCAGAUUUUUUUCAUUCCAUAUUCGUUGGUUAUUUAUAGUAAUACUAGCUAUUAUCUGAUUUUAUUCUGCGUACAAAAAAUAUUGCAUUACCAGUACUUUAUUAAUACUUUUUAUGUACUAAAUGUUUCUGUUGAUAAUAAGCUAGGAUAGAUUAUA